UUACGUUUAAAACAAUUGAAUCUUCAUGUCGCUAUUUUAUGUCUUGUCUGACUGCUAUUGGAAUCACACAUUUUCAUUAGAUUCUGUGCUAUAUGUAUUCUCAGUUUUCCUGAAUCAUUUGAUCGACAAUUGGAUUAUACUUUUAAUUGGUUAUCCAUAUGAUGUGCAAGUUAUUACGGUUGGAUUCCUACUUUUAUCAUUGUUGCAAUAUUUCCGUUAUAUGGGCGAUGAAGUAUAUAGUAUAACUUGCAUCCUUUAGCGUUGGGAUGUUAUUUCCAUUGCCCAUUUGGGUUUCCUUAAGGUUGAUCCUUCUGGAUGUUUGCCAAACGUUCACUUCUCGGGAAAUCCCGAGUUUCUAAUAAUCGCAAUGAAGCUCCCGUUUCAGGAUCACGGGAAGCUGUCGGCACUACUACUACUCCUGAUGCAUCUUCAUCCCUUGUUAAUACUUCCACUUUGAAGUCUCCUAGUACUUCAUUUCGUCGUGGUUUACUAACGGGUGGUAUUCCACAAAGUGGAAUUCCCAAGCCUACUGCUCCUGGUGUCCGUUCAGGGUUAAGUUUUACUGAUGACAUUGAUUCAAUCAGCGAUGUCAUGAUCAGGAAGGGUGUCACGAACACCACGGAUGUUAUGAGCAGUAAUUUUGAUUCUGGGAAUGAUGGAUUACCUCCUUCGGGCAUCGCUACCCACGUAUCGCAAGUGGAUAAUUCAACAGUUAAUUUGGACUCUAUUAUGUUCGUCGAUGUGGAUUCAGACAGUCACUUUCAGCGUGACCAUGUGAUUCCACAUUCCUAUUCUCACGCCACUUCUCGCCACGACAUGCCUUCUGAUACAUCACCUCAGGAUGAUUACACUCACUUUGUCCAGGAGGUUGCUUCAGAUCCUGAGGAUGGAUGCCCUGCACCAUCCUUUGCCUCUGAUGCAGUUGCUUCAUAUAAAUUUGAUGCGGAGCAGGCGCGUGAGUUACUGUACUCUAGGUUGAACGCUCUAUCGGCCGAAACAGACUCGCUCCGGGCUGACUUGGAGUAUUACACCAGGCAGGCUCAGAUGCAUCGCAGCACGCCCGGUGAGUAUGAACCCAUAAUGGCAAGUGUUCGUGAUAACAUAUCGUUAUAUACGAGACUACUCGAUGUUUCUCGUGCUCUUGGUGGUUUGCACAAGGCCAAGCGUGGUCUUUUGCAGGACCUGAUAGCACGUAUCCAAGAGCACCGGAAGGAUGUAUCCGACAGUGCUUAUUGCUCCUAUCAUUGGUUUUUGUGUGACCUAUUCCGCAUUGGCGGCGUGACUACUGACUAUGGCUGUGAUUACCUUGAUGAGAUUGAUGACUACGGUCAAUAUACAUCUCAGCGUGUGAUGCGUGACUUUGUUAAUCGUGUUCCUCACCUGGAUGCUAUAUUAUCCAGCUUUAAGGCAUCUAUUCAUUCUCGUGGCGAUUCAUUGAUUGGUUCAUCUAGUUUAUCGCGCGGUAUAAUAGAUAUCAUGUCCAUUACCUCGGUUCCACCUGCUUUGCGUGGGAUGUAUCCAUCUUCGGUCAGUAGCGUUACCCCUGACACCAACGUCUUAGAUGACGUAUCGGACACUUACAAGAGCAUAAAUACAUCACUUUCUUGUUUCGUUGACCUUAAGCGCGAUAAUCAUGAUCUAUUCCAGCAAUUACUUAUCAGUGAGCGUUUGCAACCUAUAUACGAGCUGUAUGCAUUGAUGGAUCUGAUUAAUUGGGACCCUCUAUCAUCGGGUGACCUUAGAGAGCGUGAGUGGUUCGUUUUUGUUAAGGACUUUAAUCCCGAUGGCUUAUCUAAGGUUUUGAUUGAUAUUUACGUACCCCUUUGUUUGAAUGCCAUCGAUGCUUGGAACAUUUUAGACUAUGGUCAGUGCCAUUCACUCUCUAGGGCUAUAAUCACUAUUAUCGACCACAUAUCUACUGAUGAUCGUGGUAAUGUCAUUCAGCGUUUGACUCAAUCUAUUUUAAAAGUUGCUGUAUCACGGCUUAAGCUAUGUUGUCCAAGUGGUAUAUCUCAACAGUUUAAUGACUGGUCCAUAUCAAGUUGCUGGAAGUUUCUUCUUGUUCAUCUUGGUGCCAAUCUAAUGUGUUUCAAUUCUUUGUUUACUGCGGGUACCCUUAGCAAUAUUGUUUUAGGUCAGAUAUUUGUUGAGCGUCUACUACCUGUUGUGGACACUAAUGAGCUCCUGGAUGCUUUUGCAGUGUUACAUUUUUUUAGGAUGACUGAGGGUAUAUCAUCUUCCUUAUGCACGCGUAACGUGACAAACAGAUAUAUCCACGACGCUUUAAGUGCGAUAGCCAGGUCGCCGUGGAAGGAUACCAUUGGCAUCACUGGCUUACUGCAUCGUUUAGGGAUAUCGGUAUCCCCCUCUGAUUACGAAGCUCUGCUUUUAAAAUUCGCUAGGUAACGCUA